GUUUAUCUUCACCCAUCUCUGUCUAUCUCGACUGAGUCAGCCAUAUUGAUAGGUGGAGUUGGGCCGUGUGUUGAUGUAUUCUCGGAAAAUGUUGUCGUACUGUUCCCUGCAUGAUUGAAAUUGAAUGUAAACCCCUGAUAAUAACAAUGUAUACACGGUAUUUUCUCCCUCAACUCAGUUCCACAGGAAAAACUGAGUCAGGACCGUCGUUUGUCGCUCUUUAAUCGUAGAUUUGUUGAUAGGAAUAUCAAGCAAAAUGCCUCCCCCUCCUCCUCCGGGGCCACCGCCUCCGCCAGGGCCCCCUCCACCUCCCUCAAUGCCCCCUCUGGGACUUGGAGGGUCAGGAGGGGCUGAUGGGCGAGGUUUGCUUUUGCAAUCCAUUCGCCAGGGUGCCAAACUAAAAAAAGUGGAGACUGUAGACAAGUCUGCUCCAAUGAUUGGAAAAGUUUCUAGUGGUGGUGGGCUGGCCUCACCCCGUUCUGGUGGUUCCCCUGGUGGAGGCAUGGCCCGUGGUCCUCCACCCAAUGGACUUGGAGGUCUGUUUGCUGGUGGAAUGCCUAAAUUAAAAUCUACUGGAAGAAAUUGGGGAGGAGAAAGUGGUUCGCCAGCAACUACCACUCCACCCUCUCCAGCAGCUUCAAAUCCACCUCCACCCCCUUCAGAAGCUCCCAGACGACCAUUCCCUGGUGAUGUGAAAAACAGAGGACCUCCACCUCAGCCACCUCCAGCCAACCAAAAACCAACUGGUCUAGCAACUAGCACAUCUGAUUCUGUAUUGACCGAAAGAAGUCAAAGAACUGCCCCUGUUUUACCUAAUAAACCACCUGUAGGAGGUUACGGAAAGCCUAAUGUGGCACCAAAACCUCCAGGUAUGGCACCUAAUCCGCCCAGCACCCCGCCGAACGCCCCUCUUAGCAAACCUUCACCCCCAUCUAAGAAAGUGACAAAUGGAGGGCCCAAGCCUGCAGUAUCUCGCGCACACAGUAUGAGGGUUCCACGGUCUCCUCCUGUCGCACCCCCAGCAGGUCCCAUGUUUCCAACAUCUACCGCUAAUCAGGGAGACCUCAGCAGAUCAGGCCUACCAUCAUUCCAUCAAUCGCAAGAUUCACUGCACUUCAAAGGCACGAAUCCUCCUCCUCCUCCUAGAACAGCCACUUUGCCAUCCAGUUUUCACAAACCAACAGCGCCUGCUCCACCCCCUCCCACAAAUCGCCCCCGUCCUCCUGUUGCGCGACCUCCGCCACCACCGACGAGGCCCUUACCUCCUCACGCUCCUCCUCCACCGCCCCCGACAGCAGCGCCACCUCCUCCACCUCAUCGUACUCAGCCUGUCAAAGCAUUCCCUCCUCCUCCUCCUAGCCAAAGUUUAACUGCAGCCCCUCCACCACCUCCUACGAGAAAUUCAUCAAUGAGGAAUGGUUCAUCUACCUCAAGUUUAAGUGACUUUGAAUCACGGUUCAGAUUUCAUGGGGUUCAUGAAUUUCCUGCGCCUCAGUUACUCAAGAACCUUCCAAAAAUAUAUAAUAGCAGAACUGCUAAACAGCAGGCUCCACAGCCCCCUACUCAUCAAUUACAACUCUCAGGAGCAUGGGCCAACAAUACAUCCAGCUGCUAGCAUGGGCUUGAGGCACCAUCCAAAACUGAAACAUGCCUUCAACUGUGGAAAAGUAAGCAAUGUUGGAGUCAGUGUUUGCAUAUACAGUGGGGGUGGUGUCAAAAAUAAUUGUCAGUGAUGCAUAUCAUUGAGCGCAACCCUAGUGCCUCAUUUGUGUUGUUUGGCCAUCUAGAUUGCUCAAUUGUGAGAUGGUCUCUUUUCCAAGCAGAGUGUUUGUUUAUUCAAAGCAAUUAUUGAGUCUUCUUAGUAUUUUAAUUUGCUGCUUACUGUUCACCAUUAUGGGCUAAACCCUCCCCCUCCUGUCUGAGUGUCAAAAAUUUUGACUGCAAAAUCAAUUGAUGACAGUCACAUUAUUAGUACAUUCUUUGAUAGGGUUAAUUUCUCGAUUUCUCAUGAGAUGUUAAAUUUGUAAAAAAGAACUUUCCUUAUUAAUUAUUGACAAAUGGUUUUUAUUCUCUUGAUAUGAUGCUGAUGCUAAGGAAUUAUGUACAUCUCCUGGUGCCAAUUUCUGCUGAUAUGAAGUACUGCAGUACAUACUGUACGCAUAAUAUUGAAGUGAUGCUAAUCUGUUAGGGUGAGACAAACUUUACAAGCUGGUAUGUCCUAUUUUUCAGGAUGAUUCUUAACUCAGCAUAAGAAACUGUUAUGGUUGUGGAAGGGCUACCUAUUGUUGUUAGGCAUCAUACGUAUUUCUUUUGGUAUGUCACAUACCUUUGUAAGUUACUGCAUUAUCUUUUGGAACUGUCAAUUAGUUUAAGCUUUGAUAACUUUGUAUGUCAAGAAAUAUCUGAAGCGACGGAAAUGUCUAUGUUUAUAAGGUGUAGUUCAUCUUUAGAUUGGGUUUUAACCAACACAUUUCUUGUUUCCACAAGAUCUUAGGUGGUUGCCCUUCAAUAUCCAAGGCUAGUGAAAGAUGCCAAAAGCUUUUACUUUCCUUAGCUUAAAAAAAUGUAUGAAUCAUAGUUACAGUAAGAUGUUUUUCUUUUUUUCUUUUUCUAAGACUUUUUCAAUCCCGGUGUGUUUGAUUGGGUUUCAGCUGAGGCAACACUCUCUCCUUUCGCCAUUGUCAUCUUGGUUAAUAUUUAUUUUUCUUCUCCAUAACUGUAAGGUUAUGCUGUAAAUUGUGUAAAUAAUUUGUUAUGAAUAACUGUAACAGUUAAGUUUGUUGUACACUAAAUUUUGCUCAACUUAUAAAAGGGUGUUAAAUACAAUCAGGAACAAACAAUACAUCUAAAGACUGCUCUUCUAAUAAAUUUAAUAAAUAAUAUUUGUUGAUGCUUCAGUUGAUGUUCAACUGUCAUACUUUAUAUUCUUGUUGAUGAGUUUAUAAAUGAUUCCCUUUCUUUUGGGUUGUGCUGCUUUGAUUGCAAUACUGACAGUUACUUUAGUUUUCCAGAAUGUGGAAAACUGACUGCUUUUAUUAUCUGAAAAGGAGCGAAGGAGAAGAAGUGACUUCAAAUGCAUUUGUUGUAUUGAGAUAAACUGUGCAGUUAUGGCUGUGUUAGGUAAUAUUGAUCAUUUGUUAAAAGCUAUGCACAAAAUUGACAGCUUCGUACAAGCUUGACUAUUGUUAUAGUGUCUCAAGGCAAGACAGUAAAUGUAAUGUUGUUUUUUUUUUGUUUUAAGUUAAAUUGACAAGGUUUGCAGAAUUAAAGUUCUUUCCUUUUUUUUUGUUUGCCUUAGUGAGUCAUUUUGAACGGCCAACUGACGUGCAAGAAACCAGACAAAUCUGAAGUGUAGUUCAUACUCAAUGUACAAUACAUUUACCUUAGACAUCCUUUUAUACUUUCUUCUUGAUUUGUUGAUAACUCUUAUUUUCCCAUUUUUCAGUAUUUCUCUUGUUCUUUUGAACAAGAUCACCUUGAUCAAAGUUUUGCUUUAUUUACUUUGAUUCUUUGUUUGUAACUUUUCUUAUAAGUCAGUUCAAAAUCUGUGUUGUAGAUUCUUGCACCAGUCAUUUUAUUCUGUAAGUAUUAUUUUCUCCAACUGUUCAGCAUCUGGGCAAAUUUAUUGUUCAAGGCCUUAACUUUGAAUUGAUUUUAAUUUUACCCUUUUCUAGCAUUAUAUUAUUAGUUUAUUUAUGAAUUUUUAGCCUGCUUACUUAUUCUGUAAGGAACUGCUUCUUUCCCAAAUGCCUGUUUUCAAAAUACAGUAUUACUCAUGAGUACUGUAUCACUGCCAAGCCAUACAGUUCUUUUUAAAAAUGUGUAUUGGUAAUCAACCUAUUUGGCUCUACUUCAAGGAAAUUCAAGACUUUUGACUUUUGUAUUGUUUUUGGUGAAAGCUAGCACAAUUAUAUAUUCUUAUUUCUGAUAUAUCCAUAACAUAUUUUGGUUGAGUCUCUUUAUGACUCUCUCGCCAUGUCUUGUUUGCUAGUACUUUACAACAUCACUGUCACAGAAUAAACCAUACUAUGUUGUUCUGUUCGUGUACAUUGGCUUGUAAAGAGAUAAUAGAUCAAGAAAAAUUCUCUGGAGUCUUAUUCUACCAUAUCAGUGGUAGUUUUUGGCUUUAGAAUGAAGACUUUGAAAUUUCCCAGGAGUCUGUCACGCCAAAAUGCGGUGGUGUAACUUUUUUGACAAUAUCUUUUAGAUGAAGUCAGUAAUCGUGACGUAUUUGGGCUUGUUUGAUAGCACAAUUGGUGCCUUUAUGUCCUGAAAUGGCACUUGCGAUAAACUGCUCCUCAUGGCCGAAAUGGGCGAGUUAUAGUUUGCAGUGCAUUGUUUGAUACAUUACGUACCGUAAACUGUAACGCGCCUCUAUCGGACGUAAGGAGCAGUUUUAUCGCAAAUGCCAUUUAAAGACACUUUUCAAGCUCCUACUAACUAUGAAUAACUAGGACUACCUCUAGGACUCUACCACUAACCAUAUAGCCCAUAUCAAACAAGCGAGAGUAUGACAGAUUUCUGACCCCGUCCAGAAGAUUUUGCCUAAAAAGUGACCACCGCUUUUUUGUGUGACAGACCCCUAAAAUUUCCUCCAUUCCUCUCAAUAUUUUCACAAAUUUCUAAAUAAUUUCUAUUUGCUUUCACUGUAAUUAUUGCUUUAAAGGGGAGCUCCCUCUCCACCCAGUGUUGAGCUGUUAAUUGUUUGUUAUCACUCUAUUUUAGAAAAAAAAAAACUGACCUUGUGCCUUUAGUUUAUUACUGUGAUGAGAAGAAUUUAUGGGGUACUAAUUUUACGAGUAGGGAAUUGAAUUCUUUUUCUGUUUAUUUACGUUCAUUGUACUAAUUCAUUCCUAAUGUUAUAGUAUAAACAAUUAGCUUGAAAAUCUCAGUUAUUGUGUGUGCACAAUGUAACAAUAAUAUUCCUGUUGUACUCAGAUUUUUCUUUUGUACCAUCUGUUUUUGAUUUUUAAGCAGAAUUGACUUCUUUUGAGAUUUAUUUUAUUCUAUCUAUACAUAAUGUAUCAUGUGGGGCAUAAGGCUUAUGAUUGCAAUACAAGUUUGAUAAAAUAGAAUUCGUUUUAGGGUAUGGUGCGAGUGGAAUGAGAGUAGCUAAUGAGACUUCUACAGUUACAUACUCGUAGUGCAUGACUUGGGUGGUUUUGGUUGGUGCAUUCAGAUAUUUGGGAAUUGUACUGUGCCUGAGAAAUAGAACCCCAGGGUAAACCUGAGGCUGUUGUGUUAGUUGUUCCUUCAUUCUGUGCCCAGGCCUGCUCUUUGGUACAUGCCAGUGUGCGAUUUGUGACCAAGCUUAUGGGGCAGGAAUGCUUCACCUAGUCAUAUUUUUCUCUUUGCAGUAUAGGAAUUGCAUUAAUGAGAAUGUUUUCUUUUUAGGACUGCUGUAGCAGCUGUAAGUCGAAAAUUCUGUAUAAUUACACUGAGAGGAGUUAGAACUAUGUAAAUAACCAUCGAAUUCUGUACAGUUAUGAUCAGUACAUGUAAUCUGCUAUGCGAGGGCUAAACUCUACUCUUAUUUUUGUUCUUGUACUAAAGUAAGAUAUUGUAAAAAAUGUAUCUAUGGAAUAAAUUAACAUAUCUUGCAGAGAAA